AUGUUUGCGUUUGCUAGCCAUGCUUUCGCUGGAAACGCACACCUUCCGAAGACUUCACUAUGCGCGCUCACGCGUCAGCGAGAGGCUCUCAGUGUUCGGGCGCGUGGAGCUCGUUUACGGCUGUGGACGCAGCCGGGCUGCUCGCUCAUCAUGGGAGUUUUCCUGAACACACCCACCCUGGAGCAGGCGAAAGCGGAUCUAAUUGAACGCGUGAAGGAUCUUGAUAUGGGACGUAUAGGGUAUUCGGAUGCGUUCGCGAAAGAGCUGGAUGAAAAGUACAUCAAACCGUUAGAGGCGAUGAACCCGACGCGAACGCCUGUGGAGUCACCGCUUCUGGACGGUCGCUGGCGCCUCAUCUACACCAACUCGAAGAACGUGUUGGGGCUGGAUCGACCGAAUAUCGCACGCCCUCUACGAAACAGCAUCUAUCAAACCAUAUACGUGGAACGCGGCCAAGUUGUGAACGAAGAGCGCGUGCUGUUCGGUCUUCUCACGAACCGGGUCCAGGCAGUAUUCACGCCGGAGCCGCCCCGUCGGGUUCGUGUUCAGUUCAAACAGUUCCAGUUUGGCCUGCUUCGGGUUCCAGCGCCGGCGAGGGCGCGGGGAUGGCUCGACAUCACCUAUUUGGAUGAGGAUAUGCGCAUCUCUCGAGGCAAUCUAGCGAAUGUUUUCGUGCUCUUACGCGACUAG